CCGCCGGGCGAGGAGGCCGCGAGCCCGGCCGAGGGCCGCCGCGGUCCCCAGGGUCCCGGCUCUGGUGCCCCGGGCUACCGCUGCCCCGAGCCGCAGUGCGCGCUCUCCUUCGCCAAGAAGCACCAGCUCAAGGUGCACCUGCUGACGCACAGCAGCAGCCAGGGCCGGCGGCCCUUCAAGUGCCCCCUGGACGGCUGCGGCUGGGCCUUCACUACCUCCUACAAGCUCAAGCGGCACCUGCAGUCGCACGACAAGCUGCGGCCCUUCGGCUGCCCGGUGGGCGGCUGCGGCAAGAAGUUUACCACCGUGUACAACCUCAAGGCGCACAUGAAGGGCCACGAGCAGGAGAACUUGUUCAAGUGCGAGGUGUGCUCCGAACGCUUUCCCACGCACGCCAAACUCAGCUCCCACCAGCGCAGCCACUUCGAGCCCGAGAGGCCCUACAAGUGUGACUUUCCCGGCUGCGAGAAGACAUUCAUCACAGUGAGUGCUCUGUUUUCCCAUAACCGAGCUCACUUCAGGGAGCAAGAACUCUUUUCUUGCUCCUUUCCUGGGUGCAGCAAACAAUAUGACAAAGCCUGUCGCCUGAAAAUUCACCUGAGAAGUCAUACAGGUGAAAGACCUUUUAUUUGUGACUCUGACAGUUGUGGCUGGACCUUCACCAGCAUGUCUAAACUCCUACGACACAAAAGGAAACACGAUGAUGACCGGAGGUUUACCUGCCCCGUUGAAGGCUGUGGAAAGUCAUUCACGAGAGCAGAGCACCUGAAAGGCCAUAGCAUCACCCACCUGGGCACAAAGCCGUUCGAGUGUCCUGUGGAAGGGUGCUGUGCCAGGUUCUCUGCCCGUAGCAGCCUCUACAUUCACUCCAAGAAACACCUGCAGGAUGUGGGUGCUCCGAAAAGCCGUUGCCCGGUGUCCAGCUGUAACAGACUCUUCACCUCCAAGCACAGCAUGAAGGCGCAUGUGGUCCGACAGCACAGCCGGCGCCCAGAUCUCUUCCCUCAGCUUGGAGCUCCAAGUUCUCUUACGCACAGCAGUGAACUUGGCAGCCCAGGCCAAAGUGAGCUCAACAACAUAGACCUGGCAGCGCUCUUCUCUGAUGCACCUGGUGAUGGUGGUAGUGUGGCGGGGGCCUCAGACGAGGCGCUGAACUCUGGAAUCCUGACUAUUGAUGUUACUUCUGUGAGCGCCUCACUCGGAGGAAACCUUCCUGCUAAUAAUAGUUCCUUGGGGCCCAUGGACCCACUGGUGUUGGUGGCCCACAGUGACAUUUCUCCAAGCCUGGAUAGCCCUCUCGUUCUUGGGACAGCAGCCACAGUUCUUCAGCAAAGCAGCUUCAGUGUGGAUGAUGUGCCGACUGUAAGCGCAGGAGCAUUAGGCUGUCUGGUGGCUCUGCCUGUGAAGAACUUGAGUCCAGACCCACAGGCUUUGACCUCAGGUGGUCACUUAGCAGACACCACCACCACACUGACCUCUCCGAGCCCCGCACCUGGAAACACCGGUGGCCCAGAACUGCUGGCUCCAAUCAAAGUGGAACCGGACUCGCCUCCUGGCCCCAACGCCGCCAGGCAGCAGGAACGGAGCCGAGGGGCGCCCAGGUCGGUGUUCUGCAGCCCUGCAGAAAGGCACAGUCCUCAGAAAGACACGGGGCUCAGUGCGGGGACCGGCAACUUCUAUUUGCUGUGUGACGUUGGGCUGCCUCGAUUCUCUGAGCACAGGUGGUGUGUGGUGAAUGGGUUACAGGAAAGUGGGGGCUCAGCAAGAACUGAUUCCCGAGCCAUUCAACUAGCCAAGAAAAAAAAGCAGAAAGGAACUGGGAGCAACGCAGGAGCCUCGGGGUCCGCUCAGAGGAAAAUGAAAGGUGGCAAAGUCAGUCCUACUCAUUUCCACACCAGCCAGACUGGUUGGUUGUGUGGGAACGUUGUGGUGCCCAGCGGAGGCCUGCCAGGACCAACUCCGGUGGCCGGUGUGCAGUGCGUUCAGGUCCAGCUACUGCAGGAUGACCCCUCAGGUGAAGCAGCCUCGCCAUUGGUUCUUGGCCCGCAGCCUUCCACCCUGCACCCCCUGUUUGCGGUCGAUGUGCCCGUCUAUGUCCUCCAGGAGGUGCUUCCUGCAGCUGGAGGGGCUGCCGGGCCCGAGGAGGUGCGGUGUGCGGGGGGCACCAUCAACCUACGGGACCUGCAGUGACAGCGGCCCUCUGCCCUGGGGACCUGCAGGCCACGCCUCCAGUCUGCCGCCUCCCAGACUCCCUGACGGGGUUUACAGGCCUGGGGGAGACCUCACUGGGUUUCUGCUCGGAAGGCUAGCCCAGUUCCUCCGAGACUUUGGGGCACGGUUCCCAGACGUGGUUUUGGUACAUUUUAUCAGGAACGAGUUUGGGGCAGUAUUCCUUGAAAUCGCCCCUCGGGGCAAAGCCCGUGCGGUUCCGGGCUUGGCUGUGCGCAGACAGCCUUCGUCCCCUGUCAUCUAAGCCACCGAGCCCGUGCUGCAGGGUUCGGAAAACAGCCUUCGGCGGGAAGUAGGGUAGAGCACCGCUUCCCUUGUCAGAUAGGACUUCAUCUGUAGUAAAAGCAGAUGGGGUCUUUCUCCUUCCAUGUUUUAGCAUUUGGCCUGAGAGAGAUCUAGAAAGCGUUUCCCUUUAUGAGAGCUAACAGGCUGUUUCCAGGCCCCUUGGGUGGUGGUUGUGGUUGGGCUGAUUCUGUCACACCACAGGGCAGAAGCGGUCCCGUCGUCAGGGUGAAGCCAAAUUCGAAUCCCUGUUUUGGCAGGGCGCGCGGGCAGCCCGUUGGGGGGGUGCAGAGGGGCACACACUGGGGCGCUGUUCGCGAGCCCUCCGCGGAGAGGCCACAUUUAAAGCUCCUAAUUUGGGGAUGGUAGAGGUAAAACUUUACAUUUUUCUAAAUUCUGUAUUUGAGCGUUCGUGUUGAUUAAGAAUUUGUGCACGGUUUCUACAGUCACGGUUGUGUGCACGCAGUCACGGGGACAGGGAGAACGGCGUGCACUGUCCCCGUGUACUUCUGCACAGGAGGCGAGCUGAUGACCUAGAACAUAUUUACCUGUUUGUCAGCGGGACUGGCCACAGGGUCGCUCAGAAAUGCUGUCGUUUGCCUUGUGCCUUUUGAACCGCACGUUGAUUCACAUGCUGUUUUGGUUCUUGGACUUGGACUUGUCCAAACCCUGCCUGUCCUGUGUUUCUUUAUUUUUGAGUUUUUGGCCUUGGGCUUUUGGGAAUGACCCCAGCAUUUGGUGGUGAGUCCUCUGUCUGCCCUGCUCUGAGGUGCUGUCUCCAGGGUGCUUCUCCACCCACAGGAACUUGGGCCCCAUUUAUAAACAGUUUUUACCCACAGAGCUCUGUGCUGCGUCACAGACUAAAGUUUUGUGUCAGCCUCCAGGUCGCCCAGCAGCCCCCUCCCUCCACAAGGAGCCAGCCUGCCUGCCAGGGUGGCCUUGGGGGCCGGGUGGCCUGAUGGCCACACUGCACUGUCUUUCUGAUAGGAGGAGGGGCUGGGCCACGGAAACGCUGUCUCUGGGGUGGGUCACUGGAUCUUUCCCCGGAACGUACCCCUGGGAAUGUCCACCACCACAAUGUGAUUGGUACUGGCUGUCAGUUUUCUGGGCACUGGGCUCCCUGGUGGCAGUGGGCCCAACUUCUGGUACAAAUGAAUAAAAGUUUUUGUAUAGUCAGGUA